AUGUUGAAGGCAGCGGUUGAUGAUGCCGAAUUGUUGGGGGAAAUGGUAGAUGCUUGUGCUGUCGCUAUGGGUGCCACUGAGAAGAGCAAGACUGAGAAGAAACCUCCUAAUACCUUUGAGCAAUGGCUUCCAUUGAUGUUGCGGUGGGCUUUCACUAUAUAUGUUCUUGAGGGUAAGGGUGACUUGAUACAUGUCUGUGAGUAA